AUGGAAGUCUUUAGUUUACAGCAAUACUAUCCUGAACCUAAUGAAGAGGUCAUCACUUAUAAAGAACAAAAGCUACAGCUCAAUAAAGACGAUGGGGAUGCAAUACUCACAAAGAAGAGGACGGUUAUUAAAACCGAUUUGGUAGCUCUAAUAGUUUAUUUGACAUCUCCAAUUGAUACUGUGGAAUAUUCUAUACUAUCAGAUUUUUUUCUAAUUUAUAGGCACUUCUUAACCCCUUCAGAAUUGUUUAACUUAUUAGUUUUAAGGUUCAAUUGGGCCAUUGAACAAACUUUAUCAGAUGAUUCAGAUGGUUCAACUAUUUCAAAAUUAGGUCAAAUUUCAAUAGUGCGUACCUUCACAUUAUUAAGACAUUGGAUUUUAAAUUAUUUUGUUGAAGAUUUUUUAUCAAAUAUUGAAUUGCGUUUAAAAUUCAUAAAUUUUUUAAAUGGUGAAACGCCAAUGUCAUAUACCAAUAAUCUUAAAAUUAUUAAAAAUUGUAUUAUAAAUUUAAAGAAAGCUUGGAUUAAAAAAUCAAACUUAAUUUGGGAAAAUACAAAUUUCGAUGAGCCAGAUAUUCGAUGUCCCCCAGACGAAUGGUUAUUCUUUAGGCUUAAAGAUGUAAUAAACUUAGAGCAAUCUAAAAAGAGAAACAGCCGAUUAAGCUUUUAUGCUUUGCAAAGCAGUUCAAAUCCAGAUUUCCGUAAUCAAAAUGUUUUAUCUGUCUUUGGUAAUAGUAGUAAGAAAGCUUCAACAACUAUUACUCCAAUGACUACAAAGUCAAUAAUGAAUGAAAUUAGAAAAAAGAAAUUAAAAACUGCUUCCAUGAUGUUAUAUCCACAAGAUACGUUGGCAAAAUACGAUAGAGCUUCAAAGGGAAGUUCGUCCUCUAAUUCUAGUAAUUCAACAACAAUUCAAAAUGAAGAUGAAGAUAUGGUAGGAAAUGAUACUAUUAUCAAAACUGAUCUAGCUAAAUUAAAUGAUAAUACAAAACAAAUUAAUUAUUCUAAUGAUUCUACAUCAGAUAAUAAUAAUACAGAUGCUAAUGAGAUUAAAAAUGAUAAUAAUCUUUCUACGCCUACCAAUACAGAUUUUAAUGAAAUUAAUCCCACCAAUAAUUGUGAUAGAAAUAAAGCUAGUCAUGAUGAUAGUCACCAUUUAAAUCGUAAAGUUAGUCAAGUAUCGAAAUUAACCCAUAUGUCAACAAUUAUUAAAGAUGCUGAUUAUCCAUUUUCACCUGAAUUAGAACAAAUAUUACCACCUACACCGGCAAAAAAAUUGGAAUUUAUUCUACAAUCAACUUUUAUACCAGAGAUAGAUAGUCCGCCAAUGGAUUUUCAACAAUCUAAGACACCGAAAAGAAAUAAUACAAUCUCGUCGAAAAAAUCAGCAAAGAGUAGACACUCUUUAUCAAGCUUCACUCAUAACAAAAGCCCACUUGGUUUGUUAGCUAAAUGGAAAAAAAAUCAUGAUCCAAACGCAAUUUUAUCAGAUGUUACUAGUGCCAAUAGCAUAGAUACCCCAGUUAAGAAUAAUAAGGAGAGCUUAUCAAAUGGUAUAGAAAAUAAUAAUAAUAGUAAUAAUAAUAAUGCACAAGUAAAACCGAUCAAACCAGAAUUAGAUAAAUUUGUAAAUUAUGUUAUUUCAAUAACAUCCUUAAAUAAUCAAAACAACGAUAAAGAGGAAUUGCAAAACUUGAUAGAUUCAAAAUUUGAUAUCCUAAGUGCAAGAACUAUUGAUGAAGUUGAAUUUUUGAUUUCUACAGAAAACGAUUUAUUAGCAAAAAUUGAACCAGAGCAAAUUAAUAUAACUUCAACGCCUUAUAUGAACUCAAAACUUCAUUCAAGCUCACUUACAAAGAUAAAUACUGAUUUUAGUGCAAUGGAUAAUUUAAAUUUGUAUCAAACAGCAAAUACAAUUGCUCAGUCGGUUGUCUCGUUAACUAAUACUUUAACAAAGCAAGAACAUUCUAAACAAAAUCAUAAUACUCAACAAUUAAUAGAUACAUCACCUUUAAAUGCUGCAUAUGAAAGGCGUAAAGUUAAAAGCUCUCUACCGAUUUUUAAAAGUGUAGAAACUAGACAUAGCAUUUCUGGUAGAAUAUCUCAUUUGUCUAAUAGUAGCCCUCUAAAAAAUAAAGAUAAAUUUAGUAAUACUCCGCACUUGAGCCCUUUGAAGAACGGUGAAAUCAUUCAUUCUAGUCCACAACAAUUAGUAUUUACCUCAGGAAUCAGUGAAAAAUCUAUCGAUCUAUCAGAUAUUAAUUUCAACUUUACUAAUGAUCAGCAAAUUAACGAUCCAACUUUAAAUUUAGCUCCAGAAAAUCAAUCACCCAUAAAAAAAGUAAUGAUGUCUCCUAAUCUGCAUAUCGAUGCCACUCUUCCUAAUCUUCAAUCUUCUCCAGGUGCAUCAUUUGCUUCUUCAUUAUCUAUUGACUUAGAAGAUCCUGAUGAAGUUGUUAAUGUACCUGAUAAUAAUUCUAUUGGUUCUGAAAAUAAACAUAAUUUGGAUCCAGAACUUAUCUCGACUCCUCCCCCACCACCUUUGCAGUCUGAGGUUUUUUCUGAAGCAAAUGAAGCGAAUGCUAAUCAGUUCUUGAAAAGGAAAAAAGGUCGCAAUAAUUUAAGAGAAUUCUCCUUUGAACCUGAUUUGAGUGAAAAAAUUACAGAUAAUGGUAAAAAUGAUAAUGAUGAUAACUCUGAUUCAUCAUUACAAUUAUCAAAAUCUUCCAACUCCGAUUAUGAUACUUUUGACUUAGAUGAAAAUAUUUCAAAUGUCUUUGGUUCAAAAUUGAUAACCCAUACUGCUAUUAGACCUUCAAGUGGGCGUAUUAGUGUAGUUAGAAGACAAAGUACACUCAAUCGAGUGGCAUCAAAGAAAGAAGAUAUUGCUUUUCCACUCAAACCAAAUAUGAGUUCUCCAUUUAAAGCUAAUAGCAGCUCACCACUUAAAUUAGAAAUGAGUACUCCAAUCAAAGAUUACCCAAAAUCACCAUGUAAGGACGACCUUCCGUCACCGUAUAAAAAAGAAAGCACUUCACAUGCUAAAGAUAAUGCUAUUUUACCUGAUGAGGUUAACGAAUUAGACUUAAAUGAAACAGCAGAAUUAGGCCAUACACCAACUGACUCUGGAGACUUUGUUGGAGAGUUUGAUGAUAUUAUUUAUGAAGAACAGAUAGAACAAUAUGCGAAAAAAUUGGAACUUGUCAAAAUUGAAGAUCGUCAAAAAUCUAGUAUAUCUUUAACCCAAAGCUCAAGUACUGAUGAAUUUCUUUCAGCCGCAAACAGUCCAUCCAAGUUUAAUGAUGUAGAUCGGAAUAGUUUGGAUUUCACACCAAUCAAAUUCAAGCUGACCAACGUUCCAAGUAUCAAAUCAAUUAAAAGUGAGCAAUCAAAUGAUACAUUCGAUACUAUUAGUUCACCAAAUACUCGUCAUAAAUUAGAUCUACGUAAGCAGUUCAGUCAACAUUGGUUAAAACAGCAGCAGCAAAAGCAGCAACAGCAACAGCAACAGCAACAGCACCAGCAAGAUGAAGAAAAUUCUCUAAAGAUAACUUAUUCUAAUAGUACACAGAGUACUGAAUCUUCGAAUAGGGACAGCGUGAGGGUUAAUAAAUAUAUGUAUUCACCAAGCGUUGAAACUGCAGAUGGGUUGUCUCCUGAAAAAAAUGUUAAUGUUUUAAGAAAUAAAUUCUUACAAGAAGAUGAAGAGGUUAAAAGUCUGACAUCUAGUACUCGUGAACUUCCUUUAGGAAGUCCCAUUAAACCUGUUGCACAAAAAAUGAAUACGAGAGACAAAUUAAGCCAUGAUAUUAACCAAAACAUUCAAGAUUUUGCUAAUAUUCCAGACGAUACAAUUACAGAUGAUCCAUUAAAUGUUGCAAUGAUGAAAUUAGAAGGUAUAUAUAAAAAAACUAGCGAUAAUUCAAAAGGGUCUAAUGAUUCAAUACUAUCUGUUUUAGAACAUGAGAUGGAAAUGAUUGAAUUGAAUAGAAAUCCAUCAGAUAAUAUAAAUGGUACUAGGCCAAAUAAGAGAAAAUCUCUACUAUUAGAAAGAAGAAGAAAGACCAUUAUGAAUAUACCUUAUACACCAUCUCUAAGUAAAACUACAACCUCUAAUAUUCAACGUGGAAAUACCAAUAUGCAUGUUAAUAACGGCAAUGGCGGAACAGAUGAUAUUAACAAAGGAAUAUCGCCCAAAAAACUACAGCAGAUCAUUUCUUCUUAUAAAAUCCGAGACCCAAGAUUAGAUGUAGCUAAUACCAGUGAACAUAUUCCAUUCAUUCUGAUGUAUGACUCGUUAUCCAUUGCUCAACAAUUAACUUUAAUUGAAAAAGAAUUAUUAAUGGAGAUUGAUUGGAGAGAUCUACUAGAUUUAAAAUUGAAUCAUCAAAACAAUAAAGCCACAAGUUGGUUACAACUAUUAUCAUUUAAUGAAGAAAUGACUGGUAUUGAUUUUGCUAUAUCUAGAUUCAAUUUAACUGUUGAUUGGGUUGUAUCUGAAAUUGUAUUAACUCAAGAUAUCAAGAUUAAGAGAAACACCAUUCAAAGAUUUAUUCAUGUUGCUGAACACUGUAAAAAUUUGCAAAACUUCAAUACUAUGAUUCAGAUUAUCCUAGCAUUAAGUUCCUCUGUAGUUCAAAAAAUGAGAGAUGCAUGGAGAUUAAUUGAGCCAGGUGAUCUUUUAACAUGGGAAACUUUAAAGCAAAUUCCAUCUUUAGAUAAUAAUUACUCAAGCAUUCGUACACUCUUGGACAGAAUCGACCCUAUUAAAGGGUGUGUACCGUUUAUUGUAGUGUAUCUAUCGGAUUUAUCAUUAAAUUCAGAAAAACAUAAUUGGAUUAUAGAUCAUGAGGUGCUAAAUUAUAACAAAUUUGAGACUAGUGUUCAAAUUGUCAAAAAUUUUAUUCAGCAUGUUCAAUGGGGUAAAUUCUAUGAUUUUAAAGUAAACCACGAUCUACUAAGCAAAUGUGUCUAUAUAUCUAUUCUUACUCGUGAUGAAAUUAACCAACUGUCAAGUUAA